CUGGAGUGAAAGCACAGAAGUUCCAUCUUGUGUUCCGGUGAGGAGAGGCUCGAGUGGCAGGUAGUCCUCCUAAACACCAUGAUCUUCACGUGUGGUUGGCUGUGCCUGGGGCUUCGCAUAUAUUUUGUUUCUGUACAAGCGGCCCAUCUCCCCACGGACACCGACAACAGAGACGGUGAAGAGAUCCAGACCUAUGUCGACGUUGAGGACAUCUCUGGACAAACUCAUAAAAAUCCUCUUGGAGUAUAUCAGGAGCUACUGACCAAUCAGAUUAACAAAGUUGAAAAUGAAGACUCGGGCUUCGUUCCCGAAGCAGAUUCUGGAGGUAUAUUAAAUGAAAAUAUUUUUUUGUCAAAGAGAAACUAUCAGAAAGAUCAGUCAAGUGAUUCAUCAGGGUUGGUGUUUAACCCAGCAUUUAGAGGUCCAAGUGUGCCAACGAGUAGCUCGAACGACAGAGAUUUUCAAAGCACAGAUAAUCGGGUGUCGUCUUCAAGUCAUAACCAAAGGUUAGGAGAUUCUGGGGAAUAUCUGGUGACGUACGGCAACUUCCAGGACGACACCGCCAACAACCGGCUCCGUGUGGCGACUGGGAGGGAUUAUCUUUAUCAGCAGCAACAAGCCGGUGAUCAAGCCAGUAAGCAGGAGCUGGUGUUGCUCUUCGCCAACAGUGGGAAAGGCAGCAGUGCUCUGGCUCCCGGCUGCUCCCUCUUGCACUAUAGCGUGAAGUCGAGGUGUUCAGCCAACGUGAUGGAAUUAACGGUCAGCUCUCGGGUGCCGGUGACGGGGCAGUUGACGCUGGCCGAGGGUGACGGAGAGGUGGCUAUGGACGGACCCUACAUGAGCUUAAGAUAG